AUGAGCAGCACAGGGUCACAGUUGGAUGUGCUGCUCGCAAAAAGAUUGCGAUGGGUACGUCAGGAAUCGCUAAUUACCAGGACAGCGCUGAACAUUCGCCUCAGCGAUGAGACUGCUUGUGAUCCUUCCAGUCUUACUACUAGCUACAGACCAAGGCCUCGCUAUGGGGCUGGUGCGCUGGGAGCCUUGGUCGGUUUAGCAGCCGUAUCGACAGAUUCCGAUCUGGGGAAGUGCGCAAUGUCACACAUCCACGGUCCGCACAAGCGAGCUGCGCCUAGGUCGGCCAUGCCUUUCAUGCCCCCAGAGUUGGUGGAAUUAUUCCUAGCCGGUCUGUCAGCAUGA